CCGUUCUCCUAGCUUUAUAAGUUCUUCGACACGACAUAUAAUGUUUUGCAGACACGGUUCCGAGUAGGAGUAAAGGACUGAUGAAUUCAACAAAAAGCUGUGUUCAUUGUUCUAAUGCGUACCUUGCGUUACGAGGGUAGUGCCUGUCCACCAAUCAGACCACAGCAGUUACACAUGCUUGCAUCGCUCGGCUCUCCGCAACCAUGCCAUGACGAUGGAAUUACUCGACUGUAGCACAGUAUUUGAAGUCCUCAUUCCUUUCCCUUCGUCAACAUUGACAGUUGUCCUUUCUCGAAAGCAUUCUGCGGCAAUCAACAACCCCCAGUAAAGUGAUCAACCCAAAGAUUUCAAUUCAACUUACCACACAUCUCAUCAUCAUGUCAAACCAUCCAGUACACCCAGCGACAGUUCAUUUCCCUAUCGCGUUUACCCUACUUGCUGGUUUUCUCGAUACAGUUUACGCAGCUUCAGCCAACCCCCUCACGUCCAAGUUUGUGAACUCCACCAUCAAAACACUUGACAUUCAGCUCGCGCCGGCCACAUUUCCCAUACUCUCUCACUAUGUAACGCUCCUCAUACUCAUCACGAGUGCUCCAGCAGUUGUCAGCGGAGCAUUGGAGCUCAUGCCAGUGAUCAAAAGAGACGGAUUUGGUUCGAAGAAAGCAAAGGCCGGAAUACUUCAUGCAGUGGUCAAUGACUUGACCGUGUUCGGGGCUGCCUACAAUUUCUGGACCAGAAGGCAGAAGAUAGGCUUUGUGCCUAGUGAGACCAAUCUUCUGAUCAGCAUCUUGAUCGCAAUUCCUGCGACCCUCUUCGCGGCAUAUCUGGGUGGGCAGCUGGUGUAUCAAUAUGGAAUGGGCAUUGGACGCGGACAAACUAAGUCAAAGAAAGCACAGUAGAUGGUCAGAGGAUAACUGGGAGUGGUUUAUCAGCUCGGACAGUACAGUAAUGUCAUCGUGGAAAUCCUCAUCUUUCCAGUGUUUACAUGAGGCCUCACAAAUCAAAUCAUUUUAAUCACUCACAAAUCGAAUCAUUAC